CGCUGUGUCUGGCUUUUGUACGCUCUCUGUCCGCUCAGUCGGCGUGCUUUAGCUCCCUUUCUUCCGAUUCUUGUCUCUCCCCAACCCUGACUCCCCGGUUUCCUAGUUAAUAUAUACCUCACUGUUUUCCUGUCUUCUUCCUUCGCAGUGCAGCAUGCAGAAAAGAGACGCCUCCCCACGUGGUUUUCUGCCUAGCUUCCAACAUUUCGCCACACAGGCCAUCCAUGAGGGCCAGGAUCCGGAGCAAUGGACAUCCCAGGCUCUGGUGCCCCCUAUCUCACUGGCCACCACGUUCAAACAACGGGCGCCCGGCCAGCACUCGGGUUUUGAAUAUAGCCGUUCUGGAAAUCCCACUAGGAAUUGCUUGGAAAAAGCAGUGGCAGCACUGGAUGGAGCUAAGUAUAAUUUGGCUUUUGCUUCGGGUUUAGCAGCCACUGUGACUAUUACCCAUCUUUUAAAAGCAGGGGACCACAUUAUUUGUAUGGAUGAUGUAUAUGGAGGUACGAACAGGUACUUCAGGAAGGUGGCAGCUGAAUUUGGAUUAAAGAUUUCUUUUGUUGAUUGUUCCAAAACCAAGUUGCUAGAGGCAGCAAUUACACCAGAAACCAAGCUUGUUUGGACUGAAACCCCCACAAAUCCUUGCUUGAAGAUGAUUGACAUUGAGGCCUGUGCACAUACUGUCCAUAAACACGGAGAUAUUAUUUUGGUUGUGGAUAACACUUUUAUGUCAGCAUAUUUCCAGCGGCCUUUAGCUCUGGGAGCUGAUAUUUGUAUGUAUUCCGCAACAAAAUACAUGAAUGGUCACAGUGAUGUUGUAAUGGGCUUAGUGUCUGUUAAUUCUGAAAGCCUCCAUACUAGGCUUCGUUUCUUGCAAAACUCUCUUGGAGCAGUUCCAUCUCCUAUUGACUGUUACCUCUGCAAUCGAGGUCUGAAGACUCUACAGGUCCGAAUGGAGAAGCAUUUCAAAAAUGGAAUGGCAGUUGCCCAGUUCCUGGAAUCUGACCCUCGGGUAGAAAAGGUUAUUUAUCCUGGACUGCCCUCUCAUCCACAGCAUGAGUUGGCAAAGCGUCAGUGCACAGGUUGCCCAGGGAUGGUCACUUUUUAUGUUAAGGGCACUCUUCAGCAUGCUGAGACUUUCCUCAAGAACCUGAAGUUAUUUACUCUGGCUGAGAGUUUGGGAGGAUUUGAAAGUCUUGCUGAGCUUCCGGCAAUCAUGACUCACGCAUCAGUGCCUAAGAAUGACAGAGAUGUCCUUGGAAUUAGUGAUACACUGAUUCGACUCUCUGUGGGCUUAGAGGAUGAGAAAGACCUACUGGAAGAUCUAGAUCAAGCUUUGAAGGCAGCACACUCUCCAAGUGGAAGUGGCAACUAGCGUUCCAGAACUGCAAUUAGAAGCUGCUUCCUGAGAUCAAAUCUUCUGAAUAAUUGAAUGGACAAUUAACAAGCCUUUGUGGAAUUUUCAAGUGAAAAUUUUAAGGCACCUUAUUACCUUUCACAACUGUAAUCUAGGGAUCUUCCCUGUUAAGGGCUGUUUUCUGUAUAUCUUACUGUAAUUGACACGUCGAUUAUGGUGAUACCUUUUUGUUAAUCUGCUAUACAUUUGCCUCUGAAGGAGGUGGGAUUUGUGCUGCUUUGGGGGAUCAUAUUCUUUUUAUUCAGACUAAGAUUUAUUUUGGUCAUGUUUGCAAUAUAAUGGUAAUUCAUUUUUGAUCUUUUGUGAAGAAUUUAAAUUCUUAAAUGGAUGUUCUUAAAUCAAAUGUGAUUUUUUUUCCUAUUGUUGAAGGGAUCGUAUAAAGCAAUGGUUUACACUUAAUUACCACAAGCCAAAAAUCUAAUAUUUGAA